AUGAGUAUAAACUCAGAAACAAAAUCUGAAACAUUGCAUAUUAGCUGUCAAUAUAACUAUGAAAGCCAGAUAAUAUCUUUACUACAAGCUAUGCACAGUGAGAUAAUCUUUUUGAAGGCAGGACAGAACACUAUUAAACUGGAAUUGAAUUCUAUCAGAGAAGAAUUAAAUUUGAAGAUUGACUACCUCCAGAGUCAACUGGACAACAGAGGAUUUUCUGAGCAAGAGACAAUAUCUUCUGCCACUAACAUUCCUUGCAACAGUCUUAUUCGUGCACCUAUUCCAAAUAUCUGGGAUAUAACUUUGAAGCACGUCUUCAGAAUGAUGAAUGAAGAUCUUGAUAUUGAGAUAAACAAUGAAGAGAAGGCCACUCUCCAAGUAUUUACAAAUAUCAUUUGUGAUGAGCUGGCUGUCCAUCCUUUGGUGAAAGAUCUUGGUUCUUGUCCUAGCUGGGGGUCUAUACCAGUAAUGGUUAGAAAACAAAUGUGUACUAAACAUGCAACGUUGAUGAAAGAUACUGGUAUCAACCUCACCAGAUGCCAUGAAAACUGGGUGUCUGCCUUGAGAAUCUCUCAUCUCUGA